ACGAAACGCGGAACACAUGCAGACGAAGUCCGACGGCGGGAACAAUUAUUUUGACGAUUUACUCCAAGCUCAUGCAGCAUCUAGUCACGCCCAUGUCCGGUGCGUACGUCUGCUCUCAAGGUGGCCGCAUUACAGCGCGGCGAGCAGUGCAUGUCAUCGGUCAGUCGCGGCCUCAGCAGCAGCAGCAGCAGCAGCGACAGGCUUCGGGGGCCUCGCCAUCGCACCACCUUGAUGAUCUGGUUUCCGGACUGCCGCGCAGCACUCGCUAUUCGAGACCUCGACAGAGAGCCACCCCCACCACAACAGCCCCUCGCCAGUCUGGAAGUCUCUAUGACUAUGUUUCUGCAAAAUCCACUCCCCAGCCUGCUCGGGACCCUCUUGCCACGCCUGCCAACGCCAGAGCCAGAACCACACCAAAGCCGCGCUCUGACGAGUCCGCUGCCCGAGGCCAAGCACGCUCCAAGAGCUCCCGCGAUGCUUCUCUCGUCUCACACACGUCCAACUUGGAAGACUUGAUCUCAAAACAGCAUGCCGACGCUGCGUGGUCCUACUUCACCACCCAUUACACUGCGCCCGAUUGUCCAGCCUUGGAUCCAACCCGUCUUCCCUUUCUCGAUGUCCCCAAGCACAGGCGUGGCCACGUCUAUACCCACCUAUUGUCUCUGAUGACUCGCCACUGGCUUGCACAACUCGACGACCAUCCUUCCGUCUCGGAUAUUGCCUCGCCGUCUCCCUACGUCGUCCUCGAAAGAUUUCACCAGCUCGCCAUACCCACGCCAGCUCUAACAUCCAGCCUAGCCUUGUCUUUGGCAACCCAUCUUCAGCUGGCUGCUUCGAGAGGUUUGGAUGUCUUGAAUCAUACUACAACCAAGCCCGUCUUCGCCCAAUUGAUCCAGGUCUGGCCCUUAUGCUUCUUUCCCAUCCAAGAGCCUGGUCUUGUCUCCCUUCGUUUCCAAGCUCUCCUCACCGCGCCGACCGAUAAACCAUCAGGUCUCGCCAUAUCGCUCCUGCUAGUUCAAGAUCUCCUAUGUCGUGCCACCUCUUUCCCAAACGACUUCGAGCCUCAUAGACAUGUACUUGAAGCUCUUGGCCGUGCCUGCUCACGCGCACAGUUGAAUCAAGCCGCUGUGCGUCAUAUUGAGAUGAGACUGAGAGCCGGAUCCUCAGAUGACAUCUUGGCACCUGCUGAUCUCACCAGACGACUCUGCAGGCUUCGUCCAGCACCCGUGCUGGGAACCGUUCCACAAGCGGAGACUAAGUCCAAGGACAACACUGCAACAGCUCCAGGUGAUGUCGAGCAGAAAACAAAAUGGCUGACUUCCAAAGUCAGCUCGGCCGCAGAGAAGCAGAAUCUAGAUGUUCUGGAGCGACUUUGGAGCCAAGCACAAGAGGUUUUCUCGGAUGAGCUGUCAAGAACACCAAAAAAUGCUACAGCAACGCUCCGACUGUAUGAGGCGUUUCUCAACUCAUUCUUCCAAUUGCGAAGACCUCAGUCGGGGCUCCAGGUUUGGAACAGCAUGCUUCAAUCUGGCUUUGAGCCCACCGUCCGUACAUGGAAUGUCAUGAUGAAAAGUUGUCACAUUUCUCGGGACAUCAACAUCAUGGAAUCCAUGUGGCAACGCAUGAGAGAGUCCGGUCUCCAGCCUGACGUGGUUUCUUGGAGCACAAGAAUAUAUGGACAUCUUCGUGUCGGUUCUGUUCGAGAUGGCAUGUCCGCAUUGGAUGAGAUGGGCAGGGAAUGGGUUCACGCUCAGAACAAGCGCCGAACAAAGUCUGCUGCUACGGAGAGUGAUCCAGAAGUCCCUAGGCCUAAUACUGCUAUAUUGAAUACGGCCAUCUCAGCACUUCGUGGUAGCAGAGCAGAUCAAAUUCCCAGCGUCCUUGCAUGGAGCCGACCUUUCAACAUCGAGCCAGACAUAGCUACUUACAAUGCAUUGCUUGCCGUCUCGCUAAGUCAAGGACAAGCAUCAGACGCAGCGAGUAUCUUGCAGCGCAUGGCCGCGUCUGACGUCCAGCCCAAUUCGUCGACGUUCACGAUUCUUGUUGACUCAAUGCUGUCGACAAGUCUGCUUGGCGACAUGACGCAUCAGGAGCAAAGUGACAAAGUUUUGGAACUUAUCUCUUCCUUCGAAGAGUGUGGUGUGAAUGUUGAUGUCCAAGGCUACGCCCUUCUCGUCGACCGCAUGCUCAAAGAUCACAACAAUCUGACAGCGGCUAGAAGCGUGCUUGGCCACAUGACGGCCCGUAAGGUAACAUGUACACCUCACAUAUACACCAUCCUCAUGACGCAUUACUUCAACGCUGAUCCGCCCGAGCUGCUUGCUGCGGAUGCACUGUGGAACGACAUUCAGAACUCAAAGGAGUACACGCUGGACGUCAUCUUCUAUGACAGAAUGGUAGAGGGCUUUGCAAGACACGGCGAUGUAGGCCGAACGAUGGCCUUCUUGAACCGUAUGAGCAAGGAGGGCAAGCGGCCGGGCUGGCUAGCCAUGACCGCAGUGGUACAAUGUCUCGCACGCAGAAACGAGUGGGACAGAGUUGCGCAGAUAGUCGUUGAUUGUCACAGACAGGAGGGACUUCUCAGUGUUGGUCUUCGAGGCAGAAAGGGCCAGAGAGACUUCUGGGAGUAUGUGGGAAAGCUUGCGGACAACGAACUCUACGAGAGCGAGCAUAGCAGGGACAUUUCGGCGAUUGUGGAGGCGCAGAGGCAAGCUCUUGAAAUGUGAGAAAGACGACGAUCAUGUAAUGUUAGCAGCGAACAUACCGAACCUGUACUCGAUGGUUUCUAAUUACGCCGAGUCAAAGUACGGUCACAAUGAAGGAAGAAUGAUGACCUAUCGGCAAAGAUAAGCUACGGAGAAGGCCAUGCUCGUGCGGGUAGGGUGGGGCGUGACGGGGAGCGGCGUAAGUCCGCAGCUUCUCGCCGGGAUAUUUGCAAGCAACAGAGUCCAAGGUCGAAAUAUAUAAGGAGAUGCGCCAUCGUACAUGACAGUGUCUCCUCCAUCAUGGCUCUAGCUGCGCUCCGAUCGAGUCGCAAUCUCAGCCCUCUGAUCCGGCGCUUGCAAACAGAGAGGCGAAGUAUUGCGACCGCCACAGCAACGGCACAGUCAAGUCUCGACCGAGAUGGCUCAAUACUCUCACCCCAGGACGACAGACGAC